AUGAAAAUUCAGAAAAAUGUGAAGCAGAACAUCCAAGAUAACAUCUCCUUGUUUAGUUUGGGGAUAGGAUUUGAUGUCGACUAUGUGAUUUUGAAGAGACUGUCCAAUGAAAACCGUGACUGCCAGAGGAUCUACGGGAACUCGGCAGACAUGACAUCCUCUCAGCUCAAGAAAUUUUACAACCAGGUCUCUACUCCAUUGCUGAGGAAUGUUCAGUUCAACUACCCCCAGGCAUCAGUGACAGAUGUCACUCAAAAUAGUUUCCACAACUACUUUGGAGGUUCUGAGAUAGUGGUGGCAGGAAAAUAUGAUCCAAGCAAACUGGCUGAAGUUCAGAGCAUCAUUACUGCGACUUCGGCUAAUACAGAAUUGGUCUUGGAAACCUUAAGUCAGAUGGAUGACCUAGAGGAUUUUCUAUCAAAAGACAAGCAUGCGGACCCUAACUUCACCAAAAAACUAUGGGCCUAUCUCACAAUCAACCAACUGCUAGCAGAGAGAAGUCUGGCUCCUACAGCUGCCAUCAAAAGGAAAAUCACAAAAACAAUCUUGCAGAUGUCUCUAGACCAUCAUAUUGUGACUCCACCUGCCAUGGUGAUUGAGAAUGAAGCUGGGGAUGAGCGCAUGCUGGCUGACUCACCACCGCAGGACCAUUCUUGCUGCUCAGGUGAAUUGUAUUAUGGCACCAAGGUUGCCUCAGGUUCCAUCCCAGCGUGGGCCAGUCCAUCCCCGACACCGGUGAUGCCCAUGCUUGCAGUAGGAGCAAAGCCACUUGAGUCCACUCCACCUCCACAUGUGAUUCGAGUGGAAAAUGACCCUCACUUCAUCAUUUACCUACCGAAAAGCCAAGAAAAUAUUUGUUUCAAUAUUGAUUCAGAACCUGGAAAAAUCCUUAGCCUGGUGUCUGAUCCAGAAUUAGGGAUUUUAAUCAAUGGUCAGCUUAUUGGUGCCAAAAAGGCAGAGAAUGGAAAGCUAAGAACCUAUUUUGGAAAGUUGGGAUUUUAUUUCCAAAAAGAAGACAUGAAAAUAGAAAUCAGCACAGAGACCAUCACCCUGAGCUAUGGUUCUUCUACAACUAGCUUGUCCUGGUCCGAUACAGCUCGUUUUGGGAAUCAGAGGGUGCUUAUCUCCGUGAAGAAAGGAAAAUCUGUGACUCUUACCCUGGAUGAGGAGAUGUUCUUUUCUGUUCUGCUACAUCAUGUGUGGAAGAAGCAUCCAGUUAAUGUGGACUUUCUAGGGAUCUACAUUCCCCCGACAAAUAAGUUUUCACCCAGUGCACAUGGACUCUUAGGGCAGUUCAUGAAUGAGCCAAACAUCCAUAUCUUCAAUGAGAGACCAGGAAAAGAUCCAGGAAAACCAGAGGCAAGCAUGGAAGUGAAAGGACAUAAGCUGACUGUCACCAGAGGCUUACAGAAGGACUACAGGACGGACAUAGUAUUUGGAACAGAUGUUCCCUGCUGGUUUGUGCACAACAGUGGGAAAGGAUUCAUUGAUGGGCAUUACAAGGAUUACCUUGUACCUCAGCUCUACAGCUUCCUCAAACGGCCUUAAUGGUUUAUGGUUUUGGAAAUUGUAUGUGUACAUUUUCUUCCCUUGACACUUCUUGCAGGUACUCCUCAGCUCCAGCAAUUCAAAAUAAACCCAGAUAUUGCAGUGGUCUAA